AUGUCGACUCCAUCGAAUGUUGAAUCACAAGGUGGCACCAUGAAGAAUGUUUCUGACACACAUGGUUCGUCAUCUGGCACAGGCGGAUCUUCUGGUCAAAGUGGCACUAGUGGCCAAUCCCAACACAUAAAUUUAGGACAAGGUCAGCAACAUACUGGUGGAUCAUCAGGUCAACAGGGUAGUUCAAGUGGUAGCGGUAGCGAUGCUCAUAAACAUGAUGAUAAAUGUGGUAGUAGCUGUAAGAAAUGA